GACGGAUCGACGACCCUCUUUUUCCUUUCUUCUUUCCUUCAUCAGUCCUCGUUCUUCUAGCCUCUCUUCCCGAGCUUUCCCCGCAAAAAUCAAAAUCACAUUCUUCCUUGAAACAUCCCCCUCCCUCUGCCCCCGCUGCCGUUGCCGCUGCCGCUGCCGCUGCCACUCCAAACCCACCACAAGCCACCCAGGAUGCCAAUAAAAUCUCCCUUUGAGUCGUGCAUAGCGAAGCCAGGAGAGGGCCAAGUCGUGCUCUCCCUGCUGCCACCGUCGAACCCGACCCUGACGACGCUGACCUACAAAUACCCGCUCAAGCUGCUCACUCGCACGCCGGGGUUCGUCCCCAAGUCCUCAGCGCUCACCUGUCCCUCGCAACCCGUGCACCUGUACCUCCUCACCUACGGCGGCGGACUCCUGCCCGGCGACAAGAUCAAUGUCUCGAUCACGCUCGACCCGCGCACGCGCAUGGUGGUGACCACGCCGCAGGGCAGCACCAAGAUCUUCAAAACCGAGCCCAACGCAAGCGUCAAGGGCCAGCGCGGCACCCCGAAACACAUCCUCUCCGACAAGAGCAGCCAGACCCUGAGCGUCCACGUCGGCCAGGAGGCCGCCCUCUGCUACCUCCCGGACCCCGCCGUCCCCUACAAGGACAGCCGCUACGAGCAGGUGCAGACUUUCACCGUGGACGGGCCCACCGCCAGCAAAGACCCGCGCCGCAGCAGCCUUUGCAUCCUAGACUGGGUGACGCAGGGCCGCGCCUCCCGCGGCGAGAACUGGGACUUCCACCUCUGGCGCGGCAAGAAUGAGGUGUGGACCACCGACGAGCUGGGCAAGAAGAAGCUCCUGCUUCGCGACUCGCUCAUCCUGGACCGCGAGCUCGACCAGGACCAGCUGGACCGAAACCCCGAGCUCUUGACGCACACCAACCUGAUCCGCGAACGGACGUACCCGCACGGCGUUGUCGGCACCCUGAUCCUCUACGGGCCCGUGUUCGAGAACCUCGCCAACUUCGUCAUGGACCGCUUCACCUCCCUGCCGCGCAUCGGCGCCCGCAAUUGGUCUUCCCCCUCGACCGUGGCCAGCGGCUCCUCCGCCGCCACGGAGUCCCCGCCCAACUUCGACGAGCAGGUGACCUUCACAGCGGCCCGGGUCCGCGCCGGGUUCGUGCUAGUCAAGUUCGGAGCCCCCGACUUCGCCACCGCUAAGGACUGGCUCGGAGCAAUCCUGCGCGAGGAAGGGACGGUCUACAAAGAGUUCGGCGAGGAGGCAUUAUUCUGCUUGUGAGAUUUUGGUUUCGUCGUCUUCACAAAAGCGUUUCUUAUUGUGCUGUGUUUUAUUUACCCCAUGACCCCCACAAAGGAGGUCAAAUGAUACCCAAACUGUUGCCUUGCACCCAAGGUUUCUCAUGGU